AUGUCCCUGAAAAUGGCAUCGGUAGGCAUAGCUCCCGUUCCCGGGGCAAGAGACUCUACUGCACACGCUACUGCUGUUGAUAAAUUGCCUGAAGAAAUGAAUGACAUGAAAAUUCGAGACGAUAAAGAAAUGGAAGCCACAGUGGUAGAUGGCAACGGUACAGAGACUGGCCACAUUAUAGUGACUACUAUCGGUGGAAGAAACGGCCAACCAAAACAGACGAUCAGCUACAUGGCCGAACGUGUUGUUGGACACGGAUCUUUUGGCGUUGUGUUCCAAGCGAAAUGCCUAGAGACGGGAGAAACUGUUGCGAUAAAGAAAGUCCUACAAGACCGGAGGUACAAGAACCGUGAGCUUCAAACCAUGAGGCUACUUGACCAUCCGAAUGUUGUGUCUCUGAAACAUUGCUUCUUCUCAACCACCGAAAAAGACGAGCUUUACCUCAACCUGGUUCUUGAAUACGUCCCGGAAACAGUUCAUCGUGUUAUCAAACACUACAACAAACUCAACCAGCGAAUGCCUCUCAUAUACGUCAAACUUUACACGUACCAGAUUUUUAGGGCCUUAUCUUACAUUCACCGUUGUAUUGGCGUUUGUCAUCGCGACAUAAAACCUCAAAACUUGUUGGUAAAUCCACACACUCAUCAAGUAAAACUAUGUGAUUUUGGAAGUGCAAAAGUAUUGGUAAAGGGGGAACCAAACAUCUCCUACAUUUGCUCGAGGUAUUACAGAGCACCUGAACUUAUUUUUGGAGCAACCGAGUAUACGACAGCCAUUGAUGUCUGGUCUGCGGGAUGUGUUCUUGCUGAGCUCUUGCUUGGACAGCCAUUGUUCCCUGGUGAGAGCGGUGUUGAUCAACUUGUAGAGAUUAUAAAGGUUUUGGGAACGCCUACUAGGGAAGAAAUCAAGUGCAUGAACCCUAAUUACACAGAGUUCAAAUUCCCUCAGAUUAAAGCUCAUCCAUGGCACAAGAUAUUCCACAAACGCAUGCCUCCGGAGGCUGUUGAUUUGGUCUCAAGGCUUCUUCAAUACUCUCCCAAUCUACGAUCUGCCGCUCUCGACACAUUGGUCCACCCAUUUUUUGAUGAGUUAAGAGAUCCAAAUGCGCGUCUGCCUAAUGGACGUUUCCUUCCACCGCUUUUCAACUUCAAGAUACUCAAGUCGCUAGAAAACGCCAUCUUCAGAGCAAACCUCAUCUUCGAGCUAAGGCCCUUUGGUACAGCUCUUCUUCGGAUCUCAAUCCACAAGUCUCCAAUUUUGCGCCCAAAGGUUUAUGCAAUCGCUUCGUUGCCUCGGUAUGUCUCCAAUCGAUAUAUGUUUACACGAUUAGUUCUUCGAUUCGUCUCUGCUUUUUUCAUCUAUAAAUCAAACCUAAAGCCCAUGUGGGGUAUGUAUUUGCUUAAAUGGGUUUUGCAGAACUUCUGCCCAUUCGGAGAUUCUUGCAGAUACUUGCACCCUAAGAACAACAUUGCAGGCAACACAGGCUUCUUAAAAGCUCUAAAGAAAUCUCCAUUACACACGCAUUCUAGAUUAUGUCUUGUGCUGCUCAAAAACAUGAUUCAAUUGUGCAAAACAGGUGAUUUCGUUAGCGAGAGACCAGGAAGAAGUUGGUUUGAUCUUCCGCCGUCUCUGAAACCGCCUCCUGAGCAAGGCUAUCCUCAGCUUCCCUCCAUAGACUGGGGAUAG